AUGGCAGAGCACCGCUGUGCUCCCCCCGUCAGGGGGAUGUUCCCCUGUCUGGAUCCAGCCACGGCGGCACCAGCAGAUGGCAGGGUGUGUGGCCGGUGCAAACAACAGGAUGGCUUCGGCCUACAGGCCCACUGCAACAUCGCCGCUCAUCAGCUGUUUUCCCCUGCAGCCGCUCAGGUGCUCCCGAGCCAGUGCUGCUUUCCAAGCAGCUGCACUUUGCCAUUGGCCUGUGACCGGAUGUCAGCCAUAGACAGCCGGAUGCUGGGUGGACAGCAGGCAUGGCAGGCUGCCUUAGCCGUUCAAGCUUACGCCCUGAAGGAAGAGAACGACAGUCUCCGAUGGCAACUCGAUGCCUACCGCAACGAGGUGGAACUUCUCAAGCAAGAGAAGGGUCAGCUGUUUCGCACCGAGGAGAGCUUGACAAAAGAUCAGCAACUCCAGUUUUUGCAGCAAACGGUCCAAGGAAUGCAACAGCAACUGUUGAAAAUCCAAGAAGAAUUAAAUAACAAGAAAUUGGAACUCGAACAAGCAAAAGAAGAGCAUUCCCACACGCAGGCCAUGCUGAAGAUCCUGCAGGAACAGUUAAAAAAAAAUGCCAAGGAGUUGGAGACUAAUGGCCAUGACGAAUCUCAGGCAAAC